AUGAAGCUCUAUCUAUUCUCUACCUUCAUAUUUGUAACAGCUGCUUUAGGCACAGUGUUGCCUCUAAAGGCUGUCAUUGUCUCAUAUCCUGACAAUACUCCAAAUGAAGAGGUACAAAAGGCUAUGGAUGCGAUCAAGGCUGCCGGAGGCAUCAUUACACACGAGUACAAACUUAUCAAAGGGUUUGCGGCCAAAGCUCCAACUCAGGUCCUUGCAACUGUCCAGUCGUUGGGAAAUGAUUAUCAUGCUAUUAUCGAAGAAGAUCAAAUCGUUAGCGCUAAUAACUGA